AUGAGUAUUGGUAAUAGUGUGACAACACCGAUUGGUAUACCAUCAUUAAUCGGUGAUAAAUCACCAAUUAUCACGAAAGAUGAUUGUUCAUAUUAUGGUCGAUUUAAUACUACUGGCUUUGGUUUUAUACGAUCAUACGAAGGAAUUCCGGAAAAUAUUCUUGUUAAUCUAGUUGUCUCGGCAAUACUUUUAUUACUCUUUGUGUAUUUACGACGUCGUUUUUCUGAUUCGAAAAAUAUUGCUGAUGGAACAGAAAUAUCGACUCUUCUUUAUGGUCAAAGUAAUGCAUCACGACAUUUUGCUCAUCAUGCCAACGAAUCCUAUUGUCAUCGAUAUUGUGUGACACGUUGGUUAUGGAUUCGUGAUUUAUUUAAAAUCAGUGAUUGGGAUGUCUAUCAAAAUUGUUCACCGGAUGCAUAUUAUUAUCUUUUAUUUCAUACGUAUUUAAUUGGUUAUUUACUUUUCGUGACAAUUUUUUCUUUGGCUAUUAUAAUGCCAGUUAAUUUUCAAGGAACACAAGGAAUAACUGAACAAAAAUUUGCUCAUACAACUAUUGCUAAUUUGCCGGCGGAUUCACCAUUACUCUGGGUUCAUGCAUGUGCAUCAAUCUUAUUUGUAUUAACUGGUAUUAUUGUAGCUUAUUUAUAUACAAAUGCUACACGGUAUUAUGCGACGGAAGAUAUGUAUGAAGAUGAAGUAUCAAAAGAAAAAGCAAGUCGAACAUUAAUGAUACGAGAUAUUCGUAAAACGGCAUGUGAUGAAGAAAAACUAAGUGCAUAUUUUCGAGAAGCAUAUCCAUCAUUUCAAAUAACGCAUUUUACAUUAGCUUAUAACAUAGCUCAAUUACAACAUCUUUAUAAACGCCGUGAACUUAAUCUUCGUAUUUGGCAACAAAGUAAACAAAUGUUUGAAGAAAGUGGUAAACGACCUGUUGUUUAUAAUAAUAAAUGUGGACAAAUGUGUGGUUGUUGUGCAAAAGAGAUUGAUGCAAUUGAUUAUUAUGAAAAAUUAUAUAAUGUAUAUAAACAACGUGUCGAAGAUGAAUAUUUACAUGUUAGACAAAAAAAAUGUGGAUUAGCUUUUAUAACAUUUUCAACAUCGGAAGAAGCACAUCGAGUUCGUUCAGAUUUUGAAGUAACAUGUUUUAAACCAGAUCGUCGACCAAAAACAUCAACAAGUAAAUCACUCAGUAUUUAUGAAUGGACUGUUAAUUUUGCGCCAAGUCCAAAAAAUAUAAUUUGGAAAAAUAUUCCAAUGAGUGAAGCUAGUCAUUGGUUUCGUGUCAUCGUUGUUAAUAUAAUUUUAGUAUUCUUCAUGAUAUUUUUAACAACUCCCUCAAUUGUAAUGAGUACAAUUGAUAAAAUAGCUAAUAAAUAUCGUUCAAUUGAUCCAUUAAAAAGAGUAACAAAACAAAUUCAUUUUCCAGUUGUAUUAACAUCUGUAAUGCCUGUAUUAUUAUUACGUAUAUUUGCUGCUGCAAUGCCAUCACUUGUUAGUAUAACAUCAUUACUUGAAAAACAAUGGAAAAAAUCUGCAUUAGAUAAAUCAAUGAUGAUUAAAUUAUUUGUUUUUCUUUCCAUGAUGAUACUUAUUUUACCAUCAUUAGGUUUAACAAGUAUUGAAGGAUUUCUUCGUUGGGUUUUUGAAAGUGAAGAAGGUAUUGCACAAAAUAGUAGAAUUCGUUGGAUGUGUAUGUUUUUACCGGAUAAUGGAGCAUUUUUUGUGAAUUAUAUAAUAACAUCAGCAUUUAUUGGAGCUGCUAUUGAAUUAUUACGUUUAGCUGAUCUUGUCUUUUAUAUUUAUAUAAUCAUAACAGCUAAGUCAACAGCUGAAAGACGUGUUAUUCGUCAUGCUCUUCAAUUUCCAUUUCGUUUUGGUGUACAAUAUGCUUGGACAUCAGCAGUAUUUUGUGUUAUUGUGGCAUAUGCUGUAGCUUGUCCAUUAAUUACACCAAUUGGUUUAAUUUAUAUGUUAAUUAAACGUGCAGUUGAUAAAUAUAAUUUAGUCUUUGUUUAUGAUACUGAAAUAGCUGACAAAAGUGUUCAUCGUUUAGCAGGAAAUUUUAUAAUAAUUGCAUUAAUUAUUCAACAAUUAACAUUACUGUUCUUUGUACUUGUUCGAUCUGAAACAUUAACUUAUUUAUCUAUGACAUUAUUAAGUACUUUUAUUUUGACAAGUGGUAUUUAUUUUGGUUUUUCAUGUUUUGAUUGUUGUGGUCGUUGGAGUGUACGUAAACAAAAGCUUUCAACAGCAGUAUUACCUGAGACAGGUGGAAAUCGUCAAAAAAUGGAUGAUUUAGGUGAAUUAGAAGAAAUGGAAGGUCGUGAAACUAAACAACGAGCAACAUCGCAUUAUAUUCCGACAAUUUUAAAUGCAUGCAUCGAAGAAUUUGAUAUUCCACCAAGUACAACAAAAGUUCGUCGAUGUUCAAUACGUGAGCCAUUACAACAAGGAACCUAUGGAACACUUGAUCAAGUUUCCCAACCAAUUGUUGUUGGAACUGGUGAUGAAAAUGAUCUACUUACAGAUUAG